GACAGGAAGCGGAAAGCAGCAGUGCAGCGGCGGCGGCGGCGGCGGCGGGGCUCUGCCUCUACAGGAGCCCAGCGCAGGCCGCAGAGCCGGGGCCGCUGCGAGCCGAGACUGCGGGCCGCGGCGCCCGCACGGCCGGCGCGGAGGCUUUGAACUGCCCCGAGCAAACGCGUCCAGAGAAGUGUGAAGCUUUGUAAAAAUUUAAACGCGUCGGUGGCGGAGGCAGGAGUGGGGCGGAGCCGCGGCCUGGCGGCCGAGAGAUGAGCUGGUGAGACUUGGAGCCGAGAAAUCCGUGGCUCCGUUUUCACAGCUUCAAACCAGAAUUGGUUCCAGUCGGAGUGACUCCUUGAUUCCCAGGCCCUUUGAGGUCUGAGGAGUCCAGUAGGUGAAAUUCUCUCUACCUCUAAGGAGAAACAGUACCUGCUCCUGCAGCGAGAGCAAGCCCUCCAUUGCUAUGGAUACCGAAUCCACGUAUUCUGGAUAUUCUUACUAUUCAAGUCAUUCGAAAAAAUCUCACAGACAAGGGGAAAGAAAUAGAGAGAGGCACAAGUCACCCCGGAAUAAAGAUGGCAGAGGGUCAGAAAAAUCUGUCACCAUUCAAGCUCCCACUGGAGAGCCCCUGUUGGCAAAUGAUUCUGCGCGGACAGAGGAAGCUCAGGAUGACAACUGGGGCGAGACCACCACGGCCAUCACCGGCACGUCGGAGCACAGCAUCUCACAGGAGGACAUUGCCCGCAUCAGCAAGGACAUGGAGGACAGCGUGGGGCUGGACUGCAGGCGCUACCUGGGGCUCACUGUGGCCGCGGCGCUCGGACUCCUGGUCUUCCUCACCCCCAUCGCCUUCAUUCUGCUGCCCCCCAUCCUGUGGCGGGACGAGCUGGAGCCUUGCGGCACCAUCUGCGAGGGACUCUUCAUCUCCGUGGCAUUCAAGCUCCUCAUUCUGCUCAUCGGGACCUGGGCGCUGUUUUUCCGCAAGCAGAGAGCUGACAUGCCGCGGAUCUUCGUGUUCCGUGCCCUCCUGUUGGUCCUCAUCUUUCUCUUCGUGGUCUCCUAUUGGCUUUUUUACGGGGUCCGCAUUUUGGACUCGCGGGACCGAAAUUACCAGGGCAUUGUGCAAUAUGCCGUCUCUCUCGUAGACGCCCUCCUCUUCAUCCACUACCUGGCCGUCGUCCUGCUAGAGCUCAGACAGCUGCAGCCCAUGUUCACGCUGCAGGUGGUGCGCUCCACCGACGGCGAGUCCCGCUUCUACAGCUUGGGACACCUGAGUAUCCAGCGAGCAGCAUUAGUGGUUCUGGAAAAUUACUAUAAAGAUUUCACCAUCUAUAACCCCAACCUUCUAACAGCCUCCAAAUUCCGAGCAGCCAAGCACAUGGCCGGGCUGAAAGUCUACAACGUAGAUGGCCCCAGUAACAACGCCACUGGUCAGUCCCGGGCCAUGAUCGCCGCAGCUGCUCGGCGCAGGGACUCAAGUCACAACGAGUUGUAUUAUGAGGAGGCAGAACACGAGCGGCGGGUGAAGAAGCGGAGAGCAAGGCUGGUGGUCGCAGUGGAGGAGGCCUUCAUCCACAUCCAGCGUCUCCAGGCUGAGGAGCAGCAGAAAGCCCCCGGGGAGGUGAUGGACCCCAGGGAGGCUGCCCAAGCCAUCUUCCCGUCCAUGGCCCGGGCUCUGCAGAAGUACCUGCGCACCACUCGGCAGCAGAACUACCACAGCAUGGAGAGCAUUCUGCAGCACCUGGCCUUCUGCAUCACCCACAGCAUGACCCCGAAGGCCUUCCUCGAACGGUACCUCAGCGCCGGCCCCACACUGCAGUACGACCGGGAGCGCUGGCUCUCCACGCAGUGGCGGCUCGUCAGCGACGAGGCUGUGACCAACGGGCUGCGGGAUGGACUCGUUUUUGUCCUUAAAUGCUUGGACUUCAGCCUCGUUGUCAAUGUGAAGAAAAUUCCGUUCAUCAUGCUCUCGGAAGAGUUCAUAGACCCCAAAUCUCACAAAUUUGUCCUUCGCUUGCAGUCUGAGACGUCAGUUUAAAAGUUCUAUAUUUGUGGUUUUAUUAAAAAAAGAAAGAAUAUAUAGAGAGAUAUAUAUGUAUACCAGAGGGGCAUCUUUGUUUUUAUUAUUCUUCAUGGCUGACUGAGCUGGCACAUGAGAAACCAGGGUCCUUUGACCAUCUGCACUUUAUUUGGAAGGAAGCAGAAGAUGGCCAUCCUGGAAGAAAGUGACUGGUGACAUCUGACUUGGGGAUGGGCCAUCUCCAGAAGCGGUUCCCUGGCGUUUUCUGUGACAGCUGCAAACCAAAGCAGAGCUGGAGGUUCUUAGGAACCUUGCCUUACGACUCGCCCCUGCCUCUCGUCCAGCACCCGGCCCUGCCCUGGCUCCUGGCCGUCCUACUCCUGGGCCUGCAGGGCACACAUCUUCGUCCUGUUUCCGGGAACCCGACAGGACCUGUCCACACGUGUUUGUGUAUGCAGACGUCCAGCACCACAGGAGCCAUGGGCUGUUCAUGAAAUGCCUGCCUUCGUCUCCGUUCUCUGUUGCCUUAGGUUCUGCGGAGAAGGAUCAGAAUGACAGAUGUGCACUGUCAGUUUACAGCUCUUUAUGAUUUUUUUUUUUUCCCAAAGAGAGAAUUUGCCUGCCCUAGUUCUGACCUGCUUGCCUACCAGCUUGAGCAGGUAGCCCUUUCUUAACCCUAUGAUGGCCCACUUGUCCCCUCUCCAUCCUGGCCGGCAGGCCUGGCCAGGAGCCCAGUCUCCAGAGCCACAGAGGACCUGGGUGUUCGUGUGUGCCCUUGGGCUCCAUGCAGAAGCUCGGCUCCGCCCCAUGGAUUGUUUGUUUGUGUAGGAAAGGGUGGUGUGCCCACCAGGUAGGUCCCAGGGAGAGCAUUCCUGCUAGGAUGUUCCCUUUAGGCUGCAGCGGGAGCCCCUCCCCUCCUGAUCUUCCUCCAGCUGCUCCACACCCACCAGGGAGAGACCCACACUGUGACUUAGGCUGGCACAUUCGGCUCGGAGCCUCUAUUUCCCAGGAGAUAUGUCCUCACACAGCUCCAUAGCAAGCUGCCUUGCCAAGGGACAGCUGCAGCGUCCAGUCCCUGACUUCCGACCACCGUCACUGUGUGCUCAUCGCCUCUGCCCCUUACUACCCGGGAAGGGGCUGAUUUAGGCCCUGGUGCUAAAUUACUUGUCGUUGGUAGUCAAGUGUGGAGAGGGAAUAGGCAGGAUCCAGCAUUCGGGGAAAGGAAAGUAGGGGGACGAUCUUAGGGUUCAAACGAUGCCUGCCUGGUCUGUUCUUAGAUACAGCUGGUUUCUGGGGGCUUUCCCAGGCCUGGGGGGCAGCUGGGCCAUAUUCUAGGAGGAGGCACCCUGAGGCAGAGCCCUGCAGCAGUCUUCAGUUCCUCCACCUACCUUCCGGUAUCCACAACAGACUUUUGCCAAAUAUUCACUCUUGCUUUUCCCUGGUGGUCAGGCUAACCGGUCACCUUUCAUUAGCCAAGGGAAACACUGUCCAAUGCUCUUUUCAUAUGUGUUCCCAUGUAUUCUGACUGGUUUAUGCAUUCCAGGAGGGGUGCAGUGUUUGUUAUUAUUGUCUUAAAGCAAACUUGGCUUUGGCUGUUUGUCACACACCUGUACCUGAAAAAGUAAACAGCCGUCUUGAAUCCACAGCCUUCAGGUCAGAAAGAAGAUGUGUUAGAAAAGGAGGAAAAGCUGGUCGGUAUGGAGCUGGCCCCAAGAUGGACUAUUUAAUUGCAUGGUUUUGGUUUAUGGAAAACACUUGCCAUGUAACCAUGGUGCUUUUGUUCUUCUUAGUUUUGCCUUUAGGUCCCCUUCAAACUGGACAUUCCUUGUGAUGAUGUCUUUCUCAGGAAUCUGUUUUGGGAGACUGGGCAAGGGAUGGUGAAUGUACAAUGAGGCUUUGGUGACAUAAAGGUUAUACUGUCUCAGACUAGACGUAUCAGAGGCUGCUGCAUCAGGAACCUAGCAAUAGAAGUGCCAUACAUGUAUAUUGACAUGGUUAAUAAUGACACUAUCCAUCAGCAUUCCAUAAAACUGCUUCCAACCCUGUCUUCAAUUACCAGUCCAGAAGGGGUUAAGUUGGAGUCAUGGUUUGGGUACUUGCCUUCCCAGCAGGGUGAAGAAAGGUUUAAAUUAAGGAAUUUUUUUUCCUCUCUCCACCCCUUUCUCUCUCUGCCAGUCUUUGCAUAGGAGAAUGUCAGACUUUCUGAAAUUACUGUUUCUGUUUUAAAUUGAGUAUUGAUUUUUUUUUUUAAUGCUGACUUUGUAUUGAGUCCUUUUUGAAAGAACAACAUAAUAAAAUGCAGGAUCUUUGUAUCAAGCCGUUGCACUUGCAAACUCUUAAUAGCUUGAGUUACUGGUGCAGUGGGAACAAUGUAGAUGCCAUUUAAAAAUUUUUAAGUUUUCAGAAAAACUGUAUCACACAGUUGAACACAGUGCAUUUCUGUUUCAGUCCUUGGAGCCAAUCGACUAUACUUUUUAAAAGGGGUAAACUGUGCUAGUAGAGUGAGAUAAAUCUGCACUGAGGGAGACAGGAUUUUUUUGCCUUAAAUGUUUAUAGAUUUUCUAUAGUGAACCUAAGUUAUUAAAAUGUGAACAUUAAGCAGUGAGUAGAAAAACUUAAUGAGGACUGUGUGUCUGAGGUCGCUCUCUUCCCUCCUGAUGUUUUAACCAGUAGAUAUCUAAUUUCUGUUUUUAAGUGGGUACUUUUGAAGAUAGUGCCAACUUUUAAUUGUCCAUGAACUGAACAUUAAAGUUUGCAUUCUUAGAGCUGGAAGGGAUUUUUAGGUUUUGUGAUUGAUUCAUUCUUUGCAUCAUCAGCUAAGUCAAAGCCUGUAAUACUUUUGCUAAAGUUUAUAAAGUAAGCCCCAGAGAAAGUGCUUGCCCAGUUUUAUUGUCCAACUAUCAUCAUCUCCCUCUCUCUCCUUUUCAAAUCUGUGGACAGGACAAAUUCUGUGCAGCCAGUGGAUAGAGGAGGUGGCCCUAGUACGUGUGUGUGUCGUGCUGCGGCUCAUUGCCAGAGCUCGGACCUCCUUUGCUGUGGGGAGAUCGUGGCUGUGUGGGUGUACGUCCAGUGCGGGAGAUGUGCCCCUCUGCUCACCGUAGGUGGUGGUAGCUGAGUGCUCUCAUUCUCUUGUCUCCUGGUUCCUUUACAGCCGCCUGUAUUUGGAUGAGGCUGUAACCCUGGAAAGCCAUAAGCCUAUUAGGUUGACAGAAACUGACGACCCGCCCCUGGGAGAGUGCCUGUUGCAGUCGCUCAGUGAAAUCGGCAAAAUCGAGUCCUUGGUUACCCUCAUCUGUGGGAACCCUGCUGUGUAAGGCUGCUUACACAGGGAUGCAUAGUUGUUUGUGGCUGCGUGUUGCAAUAUAUGUGAGCAUUUCUGUUGAGUGUAACUCCCAGAUGGACGGCAUGUUUAUGUUAGCCAUCUGAUCAUCUGUGCUAUCUGUAGCAAGACUGGUGUGUAUCUCAGCAAAUAACUUGUGGAUGGGUUUAUAUGGAUGAGUGUGUGAAAGUCCGUGUGUUUCUACAUAGGCCCUGUGUUUGAGAGAUUUCCUAACAACACCCAUCUUCUGGGAGGUUACUCUGAAGCCAGUUACUUCUCCUUCCCUCCCUUCGCUCCUUUGCCUCAGUUACACUGGCUUCUCCCCAGGAGUAAAUGACUUUAGCAUAGUGAGGUCUUCUAGAGCACCGCUGCCCUCCAGGCAAGUCCAUUAGGCUCUUCCUUGCCUCUGGACCCUGAAAACAGAAAGGAAGAAAGGUCCAGCUCCAUGAUAAGCAACUGCUCCAACUUCACUACCCUGGAAGCCUUAACGUAGAUUUCUUUAUCUAACUUAAAAAUUGAACUUCAUUUAAAAAAAGUUUAUGACUAAAACCACAGAAAUGGUGCCAUAAUAUUUAAAUAGUCCAGCAGAGACCCUGCAGUUGUUAAGUGAUGUAUUUCUAGGUAGGGUUUGUACUUUAUAGAUCUUGUUUUACCAAAAAAAAA